GUGACAUCACACGCGCCAUAUUGAAACACUUUUCUUUUCCCAUUUUUUUCUAGUCUCCAGGCGGCCAUCAGCGCUCUAUCUCCUGCCGAAUUCUGAAGAUUUCUAGAGAACACCUCAAACAUGGAAAUCGAUACCCUUCUGGAGGCCCUGAAAGACUUUGAAAAGAAGGGGAAGCAGGAGCUCUCCCCUUUGUUGGAGCAGUUUCUGUGCCACGUUGCCAAAACUGGAGAAACACUGGUCCCAUGGUCCCAGUUUAAGAGCUAUUUCAUCUUCAAACUGGAGAAAGUGAUGGAUGACUUUAGGGAUUCAGCACCAGAACAACGGGGUCCUCCCAAUCCGAAUGUGGAGUGCAUUCCAUUUGACGAGAUGAAGGCUCGAAUAAUGAAGAUUGUGAAUGGAUACACAGGAAUCCCCUUCACCAUCCAGAGGCUGUGUGAACUUCUGACUGAGCCAAAGAGGAACUACACAGGGACAGAGAAGUUUCUACGAGGGGUUGAAAAGAAUGUGAUGGUUGUUAGUUGUGUGCAUCCUACAUCAGAGAAGAAUGGCUGCAGUGGUUUCAAAGUGAAUGGUGUGAUGUUGCCUGGCAAUUCAUCUGCAUUUGCAGAGAGGAAAGUCAAUGGUCCUGGGACACCCCGGCCUCUAAACAGGCAGAAAGUCCUCCUAUCCAGCUCACUAGCCACAAACGGCCUUCCCGACAGCACAGAGAAUAAAGACCCCAACACGGCGGGUGCACACGGCAAAUCACACAGCGAAUCGCCUGUGUCAGGUCCCAGCCGAGGCUUGGCGAGGAACAAGCACUCCGUGAAAGAGGACGACGAGGGUCUGGAGGAGGAAGAACAGCCAGAGGUGAAGAGACUGAAGUUCCUCAAAGACGGGGAGGACGGAGCAGAGGACGACGACGACGAAGAGGAAGACGAGGAGGAAGACGACGCGGACGAGACGGCGGCGGUGGAGACCCUCCGGCCCACGCUGGCCGAGAGCUCGUCGGACGCCCAGCAGGCCCGCGCCCAUUCCUCAGCGUCGCCAGAGAAGCAGAGGGACGAAGAGCUGGAGGAUGAGGAGGAAGAGGAGGACUCGGUCCCUGCCAGCUCCGCAGCCGAUUGCCAAGACCAGGAGCCCUCCAGCACCCAGACGGAGCUUUGUGCCGAGGAGAGCAAAGCGGGAGAGAAGGAGGCCGAGAGGGAGGCCAAAGCCGAGCGCGAGGUUCCCAGCAGCGCCGCCGACGACAGCAGCGCCGAGGAGCCCGCCGACAUGGACCAAUCAGAGCAGCGGGCGCCGUCGGGCGUGGCCGGCAGCCCCGAGGGCCGAGAGGCCGGAGAGGAGAGCAACGAGCACGUCAGUAGCAGCAGCAGCAGCAGCAGCAGCAGCAGUAGCAGCUGCAGUGAGGAGAACGAGGAGUCGGCAGCCGCCUCCGCCACCCCCUCUGACAGUACCACAGAGCCCCCCGCAGAGGGCACCCUAGAGUCGGGCACUCAGGACUCGGCCGCGGCAGAGGAGCCCAUGGAGGUGGAUUAGAGCCGUCACCACCACCACUAGCAGCAGCAGCAGCAGAAUCACCACCAUCUGCCAUCUCAAGACCAACCAACCUCCCUUCCCUGCUCUGACCUGCCCGUACAGCCUACAACCCCCCCCCCCUCCCCCCUACUGCUGGGGGCAGUGAGUCGAAACACCCUUUUUGCUCACCAAGAGACUGACUGGAGUAUGCCACAGUGGCCUCCCUUCUUCCUUUCUCCUCUCUUUCUUUCUUUCUUUCUUUCUCCCUUUCUUUCUCUCUCGUCUCACAUACACGUUGGCUCAGGAACAGCUCGCCGGGCCCCAGUCGCCCUUCCCUGAGCUCCGCGCGGUCGGUCGGUCACCUGUUCCCUUUCACCUGUCGCUGGUGUCUCUGUGCACCUGGCUGUGUAUGUGUGUGUGUUUUCUACGUCAUGGGUUUGAGAGUUUUUAAAAGACUUGAUAAAUGGGUAGCUCCCCAUAUGCUCCAUUUUGUUUCUGUUUUGUUGGUUUCUGUCUAUCUAUGUCAGUCCGUUUUCCCUCCAGGUGAGAUAGGUUUGUCCCGUGUCCUGGCCAGUCUUGUAGGUUUGUAGGGGGUCGGUAAGGGUGACGUGUGUUGCUUGUUUUUUUUUUUUCUUUCUUUCCUUCUUUUUUUUACAUAUAUAUUAUGAUGCUUCUUUUCAGUUUAUAUUGACGUAUUAUUGGUAGGGGCUUUUCUUAGCACAGCAGUCAGAGGUGUGUUGUGUUGACUUGCCUGUCUGUAAGUGCAGGUGCACGUCACCAGGGUAGGCUACCUGCACUGUAGUGAUGCAGCCACUCCAAAGAUCCAUUAUGAGUAGCUUUUGAACUUUGAACCUGGAGCUUUCGGCCCCGUCCCUCGUCCUCUUUUGCGGUUUAGUUUUAGUUCUGUUUUUGUUUCGUGUUCUCUGUGUCUUGCGCACUCUUCCCCCAGGUGUCAAAGAGAAGAGGUAGGUCUCAAAAGUUGUGGGUGACUCGAUAUGAAAACACUGUAGCCUUGUGACUCUCCUUGUCUCGUGUUGAAAGCGACUGCACAGGCCAGCAUGGUGAAAGCUACCAAACAACCAAACUCAUUGAAAGCCAGUGUAGGUGUUUGACUGUUGCUGUGCUCAUCUAUCCGUGUAAUUCAGUCAGAAGGAAAGAGAAGGGAGGAGAGCAACGGGCUACGUCAGGGAACCCAGGUGGAACGACGCCCAACGUUUCCCCACUGUCCCAUUUUGCGCACCACGUUGAUUUUUCACUGACGUUUCCCAAAGGAGGAAGUUCGUUUUUGGUUCCUUUAACUUGAUGUUUAACACACAAUCACAACUUUUUUUUUUAAUUUAUGAAGACAUUUCAGUUUAAUAAUAACCUAUAUAUAUAUUUGGAGAAGCAAAGCAAAGGUCUUUAUUUCUUGUUUUGUUGGAUUUUUGGCAGCCAGUUAUUGACUGGACGCAAGCAGCUGAGAACAGGAAGCUGCCAAAGCAUCCCUGUACACCUGUGUGUGCGAGCGAGUGUGUAAGUGUAUGUGUAUGUGUAUGUGGUUCUCUGGUGACUGUCCCAUUGUUGAUCUUAAAUUUUUUUCUUUUUGUUUUUGUUUUCUCCUCUGACUGUGCGUGCUGAAGCAAUAACUGGCUGCCAAAAGGCGCAGUUCUCCACAGCUGUACUGGUUUUGAUAAUUAGAAUUUUUAAAUUCCUGUAGAGGUUUUUUGUAGAUUUACAUAUGUGUUCACUGCCUCUGUGAAUCCAUACGAAUUGUACAUUUUUUGUGUAUACCUGAAUGCGUGUGCUUUACAGUAUAAAUAAAAGAUUUUCAAUACAAUUGAGGCAAUAAAUGUUACGGGUUUUAAUG